AUGACCCAGUGUGACCUCGGUGAGACAGAUUCUAGGUAAGAACAGUUUGAUUACCAAAAUCGUCCGUUUCGCGCAAAACUGUUUUUGAUUUUCAAGAUAGCGCCACUAUUCUACGCGCUUUCAGGGUCUCCUCUGCCGUUUAGUCGUUUAAAUGUUUCGCCAGUUAAUUUUCUCACACUCAGUACGAUUAUUUUCUGCCCUUAUUUCGUCUCCCUUGUUUACUUUUCGAACUUUUUGGAUUACGAAUUAUUGAAUUGGUGUUUUGUCAGAUCCAGAUAAUCUAUUUGACCUUCUUGUGAAAAACUCGACGACCUCGGUGGCAUUCGAACCCACGAUAACAAGGGCGAAGCCUGAGUACAACCAACGCUUAAUCACCUGAACUACGAGGCCCCAUCAGGAGCCGUCGGUUUAAUCAAACUUCACCCAAACAUGAUGUCCAGGCCAAAAUAUGCUUUGGGUAGAAUGUCACUACCUUGAGCGGAAAAGCCGCACUUUUGCGCUUUUCAAGCUACCAGUACUGUGCGUUGAGAACACAAACGUGUCAUCAUAUUCACACCAUAGGGAAUGGGUCGAUGUUUUAGAGACAGGAUUACGUUUUGCAUUUCAGUAUGCUUUCUAAAUUCAUAGACGAGACUGUUUCAAAACAGUUGGAGUAAUUGUACUUCCGAAACAACACACCGAGAGAUUACACCUUGUUGGCCCCACAUUUUGGCAAGCGCUUCCGUGUACCAAGAACACCCUCUAAGUCUUCAGUUGCUUUCUAGCGUCACUCUGGGUUGUACAUACACACAGACCAGAGACCAUCAUAAGCCGCAAAGUAAUGAGGCUGAAAGACCUUCUACCGCACUAAGGAACGUUUAAGGUCGUCUAUUGAGUCUAGUGCAGUUGUAGGAAAUCCAACUACUUUGGAGAAACCAGAUGACCAAUCUAGACGCUGUUAGCCGAUCACACAUUAUCGGUGUGAAGGAACGACGCCAACUCUGGAGUUAGAACUCACUCGAUAGGACACAUCCACCUCUAGUUUGAUGAGCUUUAAAUCCUCUGGAGAGCUUACAAACGCGUUAGUCAUGAGGUGCUUCAGUCGUUGUUCCUCGUCCCACGCUCCAUCAAUAUACACAACGGUGUCUCCUCUCCUUUUUCGACACUAAGUUUUUGCUUCUGUAUAGCAGUUAUUUAUGCGGGGGAGGGGGGGGGGGGUUUGCGGACGAACACCGCCUUCAGUGACAGCAAUGGUAAACCAAUGGUCAAAUAAUUUUUAACAGCGCUGGUAGUAAUAUCUCGACAAUUGCAGACUUGGAUGCCUGGGACGAGGUCAUUAUCUCGACAUAAACGAACAUCUGCGAUGGAUGAAGAUGUUAUUAAUUUUGGCGAUUGAGUGUCCAAACACUGACUGCAGCAUGUGCGUCCGAUUCCUGUAUCCGUUGUUGUCUCAAAGGAUGCGUUCGAGCGCGAGUUUGAAAGUAGCGACAAAGAAAACUUCUGCUCUGCAAAUCGUGUCCGCUCUGCUGCUUCAUGGAACUUACCUUUUUGCUAUAAUCUACAGUUUCCAAGCAACUUCAUAUGCCUAUUUCUUUAAACAAGUGCAUACGUGAAUAGAACACUUUUUAUGUGACUAACACACUUUCAAAAAAGCAAACGCCACCUAAGUCGUCUUUCUGAAGUUGAAUUGUCCUAGCUGUCCAAGAAUGACACAACCGAAAGUUAACUUGUCAUGGUGCGUAAGAUAGCUCGAGGCCUGGCUAAUGAUCUUCAGGACUCUAACUGAACUUUAAUCAUCUUUUCUUUUUGACGAAAACGUGAGUCAUCUCGGUAAAGGCCUCAGCAAUAUAAGGGAAAUAUAUUAAGCUCAUGAGUUAUCUGGUACACUUAAAGGUGUACUUAUCAAUUUCGGGAGUGCUUCAAUGGAAAGUCUUUGUUUUCUUCCGUCUAAAAAUGGUGUCCGAAAAUUUGUUUCAUUAAGGCUUCUAGUCUUUUUAAAAGUUUCUUUUCAUUACAGGUACAUGACCUCAUAAGUCUUGGUCGCUCAUUCUGUGCAUUUUAGCUUUGAUACCUAUUCAUUGUUGGUAUGAAGGGGAAACCGCAUUCAUAAAACUGAAUCAUCACUUUCACGUCGCUAUACUUAUAGGUUAUCAUCUGCGUGUUUGAAAAUUUUGCUGACAAAGCCCUUCGGAUAUUACCGCACUACUUUAAAAUAUUGUGUUCCCAGUACGCAUUUAAAUCUGACAUGUAAGGCAACAUUAUUUGACACGAAAAAGUUUUGCGAAUGCUGUUCGGCUGCUUCAUAUCUCCUCAUCGGAUUACUAAGACACGAUGGAGUGCGUGGAAAAAAACAAGGUCAUAAUCCCAAAUGCACUGUCAAGUCCAUGUAAAAGUAGCCCAAGGAUGUAAUAAGAUGAAGAAAUGGGAAAAAUACGCCAGCAUGAAAACGAGUGCGCAAUUUGAAUAAUUAAUGCACACCAGGACAAGUUCAAAUUUAUCGCAUUGUCUGGCUGUGUGCACAAGCUGCCACCAAGUGGCCUAAUGUUCGAGCUGUUCAUUCACCGGUAAGAACUCGGAAAACUCGUUUUGGGUCAGCAAAUUGUUUCUCAUCUAACACGUGUCUCGGCAUAGUAGAUCAGGGCAGUUUGGCUUCUGACUUUAAGGUUCAUUUAACCAAGAGUUUAACUGGCCUGUCUACUAAUUGCUUUUGCGUUCGCCUAAAGAAAUUCAUAAACACAGUAUAAAGUGGCUUGCAUAGGCAGGACAUACUUCGUCGAAUUACUUGGAAUAGUUUCCGUGGGACUUGCAGAUAUGGUGUGAGCCCCAAUGUGUGCAUUUUAAGUGCCGUUUCAUCAGGUUUGAAAUAUUACUGCUGUUGUGUCAUUUUUUCGCGGUUUAUUACCAUGAUUCUGAUGAGAGGGGGCUGGAUAAGUUAGUUUACCCAGGGUUGAUUUGGGACACGCAAAUUCUGAAUCAUAUAUUUUAAAUGAACACUGUUUCCUUGCUUUUUAAUAGACAGUGUAGAUCGCUUUCUUUGCGUUAUAUCGGCACAAAGCUUCUAAACUGGUUAUUCUCGUUUGUAGGAUGUUCUUUUGAAAGACUGGCAGUCUGGUUAAUCGGUCUUUCUGUUGAUACAUAAGAACGUCGAGAUAAAACAACUGGCUUUCCUGCUCUCUUUCCUUGAUAAAUUUAAUCUCAGAGUGAAAAUAAUUCAGAAUAAAAAUAAAAUCUUUGGACAGUUUUAGGGUUGUGAGAAUGAUCGUGGCAGUAUUCAGAAGACUAGUUGACGAGCAUACGUUUGCUUUCGAUAAAUUCUCGUCAGACCAGUGCAUUUAUAUGGGAAGGGGGCCAAUUAAAACAUGUCAGUGAUUAGAAAACUCGACUGAAAUUUUUCUUACAACGCAGAUUGGCUGUGGGAUUUGCGCGUAUACUCCUUCACUUGCUCCUAUGAAGCAGGUCAUACCGUUCGCACGAGCCGACGCCUAUCCAAAAGAUUACGAAAAUACCUGCCGGCAUUGCUGGGAAAAGGCGAAAACAGGAGCAUAAACAGCACUAUUUUUGCACAUGUUGUUGAUUCGGGGCAUCCUAUGGACCCCAGCGAAACUUUCCGCGUGACUCAUGAGGUGUCAUCGAAAUUCUCUAAGUUACGGGGCCAGCGUCUACUAGCAACAACAAAAGCAGUUGCUAUCAUGUUACGAAAGGCGGUUGUGGGCGUGCAGAGGAACCUUGUCCAGGCUCCGAGCUUACCGUAGUAAAAAGUCGACUAACUGCAUGCAUUUUCACGCGCCCUUCCGCUCUCAUUCCGUCCCUAGCUUAAUUCUUAUUACCCCCGCCCCUCCCUUCUUUUCCUACACUCUGCCUGUGCUUUGAGACCCACUUUAAUCGACUUCAUAUUGACCCAACUGUGAAGAACUCGGCGCCUCGGUGGGAUUCGAGCCCACACAGUAAGGGGAAGGCUUUACUACAGCCAACGCUCUAACCGCUUGGGCCAGGAGUCCCCGCCGGACGACGCGAGUUUAAUCACAUUUGGGUCAAGUUACCCGCCCAACCUACUCCAACGUCUGGAAUCCACCAAAUCUGAUACAGUAAGUUGACUGCCCAAGCAGGAUUUCCUAAGUAAUUCACCUAGAAUCCACCAGAUGACACCAGGCUCACGCAAUUCAUAGAUGUUUUGGCAGAUUUUAAAUAAUUCAUAUUGACCCAACUGUGAAAAACUCGGCGCCUCGGUGGGAUUCGAACCCACACAGUAAGGGGAAGGCUUUAGUACAGCCAACGCGCUAACCACUUGAGCUACGAAGCCCCGCAGUUGGGUCAAUAUGAAUCAUUCAAAAUCUGCCGAAACAUCCAUGAAUUUAAUCGAUUUCUUUAAUCGCUGACACGUUUACUUGACCCUGUUCCCAAAUAAAUGUAUCGGCCUGACGAGAAAUUAUCGAAAACAAGCGAAUGGUGACCAACUAGUUUUCUAAAUUACAAAAUCAGUUGCUUUUCCGUUAUUAAUAACAAUCGCAAUUGCACCAUCUAUAUCCCCGCUGCAAAGUAUUGUCUGGUCCAAUUCUGAUGACUCUUUUCUUCACCAUGAGUAGCGAGAAUGUCGGCACUUAAUUGGAUCAAGUGAAUUUUUCAUUGCUGUUUUAUCGAUUUGGCUUUAUGGGUGUUCGGUAAACGGGGGCGUAAUAUGUUUAGUUCAUUGCUUCGGCAGUUUAUGGGGUAUUUCAGACGACAGACAUUUUUCAGUCACACGAGCGCACAUGCCGCCUAUCGUCCCAUUUGUAAACAUCGAUUCUGCGCCCAUAGAGAUCAUAAAUUUGCCAGAAAUGCUACGGCACCUAAUUUCCUCAAUAGAGAGAAAGAUAUGUUUUAGUGUGUGAUGUAGCAAUAACUUCUACUGCAUAAUACUUGUUUUAACUUUUUCAUUAAAAAAGUUCUCGAAAAAGCUGCUUUCCCUGUCUUAUAUCGCAGUUACCCAUUUUCUUAUUUCUGUUUUCGUAACUAUCUGAAUAUGUUUAGGAAUGCGCGUUUUACACUAACCAAGUCAUUUUUAUUUUAUUUUUGGACAUAUUAUUCGACCUCAGAAAGCGGCUACCCCAGGGGUGAGCCAACUUCUUCUAACCCUAAACCUCGUGCAGCGAAAGUGCGCUAUGACAAAAAAAGCAAAAAAACGACGGAAAGUUGUAUGCUUCACGAAAUGAUAUUUACAAGUCUCGCUUUAUGUCGUCGGAAUUCGAAUUGAUGUCUAAACCGGUGGCCAUUUCAAAAAAGGCAUCUUUUGCACUUGUAAUGGCCGAAAUUGUGAAACCGGUAAUAAAAAGCCCGCAUAUAUCCUCAGCAUGUGACCAAAUGCGACACCGUAAAACGAACUCCCUAAUAAUGACAGCGAAAUUCUAUUGUCUCUGAUGGUGGGCCACAGUGUUUUUCUCAAGCCAGGCAACUCAUGGUAGGCUAUUCGUGCAGCUAUUCUGUGCUUUGUAUUCAGUGUCAAGUGACUUUUUCAAGGUCACGAGGCGCAUUUACUGCCGGCCACCUGAGAAUUACUUCCGGGGCUAUGGCAGCUGGGAGCUUGAAAUAAAGGCAGGCAAUUGACCCAAUUCAUAUCGUAAGCUGUUCUUAGGCCAUCUGAGUCGAUGCUCUCGAAUAAUUCAUGUGAACUUUAAAGGCCAACACUACGGCGAACCAUCCCGCUGAUGAGGAUUGAUGUUUACUGCACGUUGAAAACUGAUCGAAGUCAGUGGCUGCCGAUUGCAUAAAACUCCCUCUCCUCCUUUGCCCGCACAACCGAUCGUCCACUUAACGGUGGAUUUGAAGGACAUUAGCGAGAGAACGAAACUUUACACAGGAAAGAGUCAAUCACGAGGGACCGCGAGAUUUCGAAUUGGACUCCGGUUGAUGGGUGAUCCACUUGUUAACCCCACUGUUUGUUUUUCCAAAAGUACGAGUUACUGUGCGCCCAAUCGAAAGAUGCGGCAAAGCCAACAAGACGGAUUCUAAUCAACCGCUCACAAUAUAGGGAAUGUAACGCAACGGGUCUAAACAACAGUAUUCUGAUGAAUGCUCCUCUUUCCCAUUAGAAAAGCAGCCUGACUUUGUCGCAUUCUGGGUCACCUAACCAUUCAAAAACUUUUAAUCACAGCGCAAAUAAAGAACGAACUAAAAAUCUAGGUUAAGUUCAUGCUUUAGACACCACCGCCAUGUCUGUCAUCCUCUUUUUGCUCUAGGAGGGCCAUAUCCCAAUUUUGGGAAGGUAGCAAGAAGUUGUCCCACGCAGCCAAUAACAUAGUUGGCUACUACCGGUCUUGUGCACGGUAGUCCUCAACCGUCUGUGUCUCCUGGCAUUUUAAUUAUUAUUCGACAACUACGUUACAGUCUUCCUCAGCAGCCUGAAUAUCUGAAAUCUAGUUUUUUGCUGAAGGUCCAUCCAAUAUCUGUAUUCAGGGGACUUGCCUGGUAGUCUGUAGCUAUCCUCGCAGAGAGACCGCGCUUUCCCCCGUUUCCUGGCCGUUCUGGUUAUUUCUAAGGGACGAUUUUCGUCCUAUCCUGUCGCCACACCGGAUUUAGCUGAACUGUACACCACCCAUGUCAUGCCAUUUUACUCUAUGGCGUUUAUUCCCUGACCUUGACUGCAUGUGUUUUGGAUCUCUCAAGUCCUCAGUCAUCACAGGCAUUCUGGAAACAAGUAAACCACUGUGAGAACGGGCCUCUUUGUGGGGCAUAAUUGGUGCCAGGCGGAUUACUACAGAUGUUUGAGCAUUCUAAAGGUCUUUCUGUUUCCAUUAUUGACUUUCAGAAUGGACGACACUCGCAGACUGUUUCUGCCAAACCGAAGCACCCUACCAAUCAAUCCCACAGCGGAGGAAAAGGCACAACAGCUCCUAUAUCAAAAAUAUCUGAAAAUUCGCUCCAUCGUCUUCCCCACAGUAACGAUCUGUCUUCUGAUCCUGGGACUUUUCCUCGUUUGCUACUUCUUUCACACAAACACGUGAGUUUUUCGCAGCGUACCUUUUUUUCCUUUUUCAACAUGAUUCCCCGUUGAGCCUUUCACGAGUGUCGAUCGCGGAAAUUUCAUGUGACCAGAGACCCAGUAAACCCUAGUAGUUUUACACGUCAUAUAGCGCGGACUCGAUUUAAAAAAACAUGUUGGUAGCGAUGCCGAUGAGGAACGCUCAUGACUGAGUGGCAAACGGUGAUAUCUAGCAUCCAAAGUUGAAUCCAUGUCACUCGGGCAGAUUUGUGAUCCGAGUUGUCCUGAAAAAAAACUUGAUACACGUUGUGACGGCCAGGUCUUGUGUGGCACGCUUCGACGUCCGUCUAGCUUUGUCAGUUAUUCCGUCCAAACCCACCUCCGGUAGCCUAGACUCCGCCUUGCCACCAGAACCCAGUGAGAGACGGAAUGGACUGUGUGGUUGUUGCUGUGCAAGUCUGCCUCGCCAGUCAUCACGCGGCGUCCACUUUUUGGACACACCGUGAACGCUGUCGAAUCGAGCUGUCGUUCGGUAGGAGAAUGCUUCGCUCAACAUCAGACCCAUCGGCGAGCCCCUGCAGCUGAGCUCUUCAGCAGGUCCUUUUUUCGGAGUGCCUGUUCUUUUUCACUAGUCCCAAAAAACAUAAUUCCAGACUAGCGGGUUGUAUGGCAAUUGUAACAAAGGAGCCCACGAACUGUCUGCUGAAAAUACGAAUCUGCUCGCCACAAGUUCCCAGUUUUGCGCAAAAAGCCUGCCACGUUUUAAAUGGGUAGUGGAUAAUUUCUGUUCGGUUGUCUUUUCUGAUCAGUUUAAUUCACACAUUUGUCGAUGUGUGACGAGGCUUUUGUUAUUUCUCACAUUUGCGCCGAGGGAAGAGAGUGCACCUGUUAUAUUUUUUGUAAUUCUCAUUAAGGUCAGAUGCUUGAAUGAUACGCUGAUGCUAAGGCCUAGAGUGAGCAAAACAUCUUCAGCUGAAACCUCGGGAUAGUUAGGCCGGUUAGAACUUAACGUGAGGAAACAAUCCUCACAGUUCGAAGUUACAGCCAAAAAAUUCCACUCUUCACGAACCAGAUGUUUGACUUUCAUUUGUAGAUUUCAGUUUCUUGAAACGCCAAAAAUCUGGUCGAAAAUCGAAUUAUCACAUUCAUGGUGCUCUGUCCAUCGAGUCAGUACUAACUGAACACGGAGAAGUAAAAUUAAAUGCGGUAACUCAGUGAUGCCGAGACUUAGAUGACGGUGUGGUUGCUAACGAGUCAUGAUAGAGACCAAUCAAACUUCGACAGCAAGCACAGGACCAGAACCCUUGCAGGCGGUUACAGGGGGCCGAAAGCAAAGCAGCCGAAAAUUUUGUAAUUACGCGGAUAUUCGAGCGCCAGCAAAGCCCCUAUUCUGAAAGUGAAAGUCCUUUGUUCAUUUGUGACCACGGAAAUAUUCUUCGUGUCUCAGCCGCCAGAGGCGAAAGACCCAGCGUCAGUAAGUUGGAGAGGGGACAAAUACGGAUAGAUGAGUUUUAUUCUGUGGAGCACUGUCAAAACACAAUCGCUGUCCGCCAACCCGCCCACUGACCCACUUAUGUAGUGGAGUUGAUCCGCGAUGGGGCACACAACUAUUUCUGUUCCUUAAAUUUGGCCCAUAGACGUAGUUAACCUGAUUCAUCGGUGACCCUAUUUACUUGGAUUCGUGUGUUUUAAAUACGGUAGUACAGUAGGUGGGCUAACUCAUAAAAUGUCAACCAAAAUUCCGAAAUGCGUUUUCGUUUCGAAAAGAUUAGCUAAGAAGAGUUGUAAAACUAAUCAAUCCGCAGUAUAAUUCUAUAAUAAUUCAGUUACUCCAGGAUGCUGGCUUUCGAAUGAAUUUCCUUCCGGCUGCAUACAAAAACUACACUGUAAAACGACUACUUAAGUAGCAUGCAUUUUUCUCAUUGAUUUUCGAUGCUCCUAAAAGUUCAAUUAUCUUUCAUGAAAAACAUGCAUGAAAAUUGCAUUCUUCCGCUCAUUCGGUAACAAACUACGUCUUCUUUCAAUUUUAUACUCGAAAGAUGGACAUAGUUCACUUUAAAAAGUUUUUAAUUGUGGGACUUUUAAAUACCGUGAAAUGGCCGUUCAUAAAUCGCCAUGUCUCUGCAUCUACCAAUGAUGCUUGUGAAGUUAACAAUAUCGAUCAAAUCCAAUGCCAAAUUUUAUGAAGCCUAUAUGGUUUCCCUUUAUUUCCGUAGAGAACUAUAUAGGUUUCCGUACGCGAAGAAUAUACGGCUUGUAGUUUGGAAAUCCUGAAUCCAAGCGUAGUGGUGGAGCGGGUUCAAAAUUAUUCGGGAAUUGGGAAAGUUUUUUAAAACCGAAUUAUACCCUUUCUUCGAGUAUAAGGUUGGAAGAAGACGUAAUUGUCUACCAAAUGAGCAAAAGGUUGAAUAUUUUUAUGCAUGUUUUUCAUGAAAGCUAAUUGGACAUUUUGGAGCAUCGAAAAUAAAUGAGAAAAAUUCAUGCUACUUAAGUAGUCGUUUUACAGUGUAGUUUUUGUAUGCAGCCGGGAGGAAAUUCAUUCGAAAGCCAGCAUCCUGAAGUAACUAAAUUAUUAUAGAAUUCUACUGCAGGCUAAUUAGUUUUACAACCCUACUUAGCUAAUCUUUUCGAAACGGAAACGCAUUUUGGAAUUUCGAUUGACAUUUCAUAAGUUAGCCCACCUACUGUACUCCGAAAAAACGUGCUUUUGAAUUUUCGGGUUCAAGCAUUUGUGCAUUUUCCCCUGGAAACUAGCACUUAAAAUUCGCUAAGCAUGCAGUGUAUCAUAGAAUAUGCCCUCACGUUAGUUAAGCGUCUCAAAGAAGGCGCGGACGGGCACAAGGCGGUGGACAGUAGACGUACAUGUACGUGCAGUAUGUACGGAGCAUGAGAACGUAACCCUCGCGAAUUUUUUGGGUAUUACUGUACGGUUAAAUGUGGGUGGUGUAAACGGAUCUGCCCUAAUUACGAAAUAAAUAUAAAGUUCCCCGUUCUCUUGGUGCUUAUGGGUUUAUAACCGUUACCGGCGGUUACGUGGAGACCAGCCACCGAUCGCUGAGAGGUGUAACCAAUAGGGGCUAAGGACAGUGGAAUAGCAAUUUCUAGUUCAUUUGUCGUUAUCAGUCAGUAACAGGCCGAUCCCAGGUGACAAUUUUGAACGCGGGCCAAUUUUUUGUCGGUCAUUCUUACCGCAAAUCCUCUACCACUAGGACUACGGUUCCACGUGUUGUCGAAAAGCAUUAGAAAUCACUUAUAUGGGCAUCCCUGACUGUUGACUGCUACUGUUGACUGUUUUUGUUGCAUUGCUGAUAACACUUGGGUUUUCAAGUAUGAUCUGCGUCUUUCUUAAAACGUUCAAACCACAUUCUUAGUAUUUUCUCCCGUUUUCUUGAUGGGUCUUUCUGUUUCUCGUUGCCUGCCGGCGUACCUACUGCAUAUUUUGUGAGCUGUAGUAACAGAUUUUAUGGUAUUUCAUUGUCUGCUAUCGUAGACUAUGCGCUUCAAUACAAUCGCGUCUCGAGAGCGCCCGCAUUUCAAAACUUUCCGGAAACCUAAAACACUCUCCUAUUUCUGAGUGCGGAAUUUAAAUAGAACAGUUUUCUCUAAAAAUAGUGUAGUGUGCAGCCUUGCCGUGACAUAUGACCUCAUUUACGUAGGCAUAAAAAUCUGCUGUAAGGGCAUGCAUGCUGAUUAUUUAUGAUCUUUUUCGUGAGUAUUUUUAAAGGUAAUUGGAUAGACGCUCAGUCAAGGGUGAAUAGAUCGACAUAGUGUCAUUCUCCAUGCUAGGCCGUCUGGGUAAUAUUACGGUGCAUACUGAAUGCGCUAGAGCAUUCCUACAAAGCUGCAAACGCCCCGUCGCAGGCACGUUAUCGCUAAAAGAUCACGCAGGCCCUUAUUGCCCACACACGUCAGGAAAUGAACUCGUCUCACGCCUCCCGUUGAUUGGUCGAUCGGUCAAAGUGACUGUCACGGGCUUUUAGUCCACACAGACUGCCCCUUGUAGCAUGGCAUGGCCUCAAUAACCUGUGCUCUGAAACUCAAUAUAGACUUCUUUGGAGUUGCGAAAAUUCCCAUGUAACAAUUCAGGAAACCAUUUGGCGAGCAUACACGUGACCGGUCUCUCUAACUUUUGACUUUUUGUGAUUAGUAAUCGGCGUUUACCCCAAAUACAAACUCCGGACAAUCGAGACUCACAAACCUGCAAUCCUCCAUCCGCAUGAUAGUUGCAGGGUUUUUUUUAUCCUUGAAAAUUAUUCUGAACGUAAGUCCACUGUGGUUGUGUGUUCAAGACACAGUGCGUGAUCGAUCUCAUGAAAUGUUGGCCGAACUUCUGGAAUGCCUUUCCGAGUAGGAAGGAUUACUUAAGUGGGGUUGCUAUACUGAUUAUCAUGCAGCAUAACCCUAUAACAUUUCGGACUCACCAGGAUGUCGGCUUUUGAAUGCACUUCUUUUUGACCUUCUACAGAAACCACGCUCGGUAAAAAAAUGACCACUUAAUUAGUAUGCAUUUUUCCUACUGAUUUUCGAUGGUCUUAUGAAUUCAAAUAUAUUUUAUAGAGAUAUGUAUAAAAAAUAUGCUUUCUGUUGCUCAGUUGGUAAGACAUCACAUUGUCUUCAUAUUUUUUGCCCGAAGAGAGUGUGUAUUUAGAUUUUAAAAAGGUUUGUUGAUUCCCGAAUAAUUUUCAGCCUGAUCUGCCAUUGCAUCAGCGUUUAGCAAUUUCAUUCUACAAGGUGCAUGCUGUCCGUAUAAGGAAAAUCAUAUAUUCCUCUGGGUCUUUAAGAAAAUACCACAUAGAGUUCAUAAAAUUUUGCAAUGGAUCCGGACUGUGUUGCACAUUUCAUGAGGAGCAUUAAUAAACGGACAUUUGCGGUCUUGCAUGCAUGGACAUCGCACGGUCUUAAAAAUCUCAUAAUAAAAAUUUUUUGAAAACCAAAAUACGCACUCUCUUCGGUCAUAAACUAUGAAAACAUUGUGAUUUCCUACCAAAUGAGCAAAAGAAAGCCUAUUUUUAUACAUGUCUCUAUAAAAUAUAUUUGAAUUUAUAAGACCAUCGAAAAUCAGUAGGAAAAAUGCAUGCUAAUUAAGUGGUCAUUUUUUACCGGGUGUGGCUUCUGUAGGAGGUCGAAAAGAAGUACAUUCAAAAGCGGACAUCCUAGCGAGUCCGAAAUGUUAUAGGGUUAUGCUGCAUGAUAAUCAGUAUAACAGCCCCACUUAAGCAAGUCUUCCAAAUCGGAAACGCAUUCUAGAAUUUUGGCUAACAUUUCAUGAUAUCGGUCACGCACUGUACUUCUUUGGCCCACCUCUGUCUUACCACAUAUGAUGCUAAAUAUGGAGGGAAACUCGAUCAACGUUGUUGUAAAUGUCCUUUUAAUCUGUAUACAUUUGAUAAAUUCUCUGCAACCUGGCCUCUUCUCUUUUAGAUCCGUUGUUGCUUUCGGAGUCAUACUGACAACCGUGGGUUUCAUGUGUCUAAUCAUAUCGCUCGUAAUGCUCCCCACCUUCAUCCGUGUCAUGUACAGUCACUCUAGCACAGUCUACAUGCCAAAGUCUGCGGAGGCCCUGAAACAUGUAUGUCCGCCGAAUUUGCUUUCACAAAUUUUACAAAUUGCAGCUCCUUUGGGCUGUGUCCCCUGUUUUGGGAUUCUCUGCCUUGAGUCCUAUGUAAUGUCAGCAAGCCGAUUUUAUUUUCCGUGGAAUCAAGUAUCUGUUAGUAAUAAAGUCUCCCCUUCAGUUAUCAAGUGGUUGGCAAAUCCUAAAUGUCCGGAGCGCUUUCGGUGACCGAUAGCUAGACGGUUGGCGACCGCGUGUGCGGGCUGCAGACUUCGUAUCACUGGCCCAUGAACUCGGAGCCUAAGGUUGGAACAGAAAUCUACGGCUUCACUAACAAUAAUAAUUUUGGGAAUUCUUGUGUGCGAAAAUGUUUGCAGGAUCUAGUUUAUCAGAACUCUACUCGAGGCUGCACUAUUUACUGCUUCACCUACUAUUUUCACCACCAUCGCAAAACGCAUAGUCAUCCCAGGUGAUCUGCUAAACGUGACUCCAGGGAGGGGUUCACAAUGACUCUGACAAAUGAUUAACAGACCAUUUCCAUGGUUCACCGUUAGCGGCGGCUACUUCGAAGUCACUGGGAAAACACACCGUCCCGCCCCCCCCCUCCCCCUCCUACAGUGCAUGACCGAUCUCAUGAAAUGUUGGCCGAAAUUCUAAAAUGUGUUUUCGAUUAGGAAGACUCACUUAAGUGGGGGUGUAAUACUGAUUAGCAUGCAGCAUAAUCCUACAGCAUUUUGGACUCAUCAGGAUGUCGGCUUUUGGAUGAACUCCUUGUUGAUCUCCUGCAGAAACCGCGCUCUGCAAAAAAUAACUACAUAAGUAGCAUACAUUUUUCACACUGAUUUUCGAUGGUCAUAUAAAUUCAAGUAUAUUUAUAAAAAGCAUGAACAAAAUUCGCCUUUUUUCACUCGUUUAAUAGAGAAUCACGUCAUCUUCAUAUUCUAUACCUGAAGAAAGUGUAUAUUUAGGUUUUAAAAAAAUUUUCCAAUUUCCGAAUAAUUUUGAGCCAGAUCUGCCGUUGCAUUAGCAGUUAGCGAUUUCAGUUUACACGGUGCAUGCUUUCCGCGUAAGGAAAAUCAUAUAUUCCUCUUUGUCUUUAAGAAGAUACCGCAUAGAGUUCAUAAAAGUUUGCAAUGGAUCCGGAAUGUGUAUUUCAUGAGAGACCUUGGUAAACGGACAUGUGCGAUGUCCAUUUGGAAUUCUGUCGAGGCAGCCCAUCACGUAUUCCCACAGCAUGAAUCGAACUCAUGAGACCAUAAGCGUGAUUUUGGCGUAACAGCAGUGAUUGACGCGCAACGUAAUCAGUCAUCAACACAUACCCGGUAACAUGUUGGCUUUCCGAUGGACAAAUUUCCAAAUAACUGCGUAACUAGCAUGCUAUGCAAUUAUUACUUAGGUGUUUUUGACUUUUUUGGUCGUAUUCCCUAGUAAAGACGCACAAAAAUAGUUUUUUAGUACUUAUUUUAUACGAAAAAACACCUUUAUAUUCGGUGUACGGAGUUGUGUCUGUUUCAAUAAUUCUCGGGAUCAUGGAACUUGAAGGGUUAUCCGUCCAGCCAUCCACCGUCCCUUACGAGGACAUCCCCUCGUGGAAGACACCCGGAAGCACAUUCACGCCCUAAUCUCCAUCCUUUCGGUUUAUCGCUGUUGGAACUCAAAUUCGACAACGGUCUACUAACUUUCAUAGUUAACAUGUUCACAGUUCUGGGCUCAAAUUCACCUUGUUGGACUUGUUUUUCAGUCCUCAAGCUUUAGACCGGUUCUAGGCGUCCCUACAUCUCUUUUCGGCACUGAUGGCGAUAGACAUCUCACAGUACCUUCAUGUCUUCUUCAGGUGCCUUAUCCGCGCCAGCCAAUGAGGAAAAAGUCAGUCGCUCCGAGGCCACCAUCACCUUCAGCAGCCAGAACGAGUACGGGGUUGCCACCGCAACCGCCAUACCCUUACACGCACCCCCUCGAACCUACAGCCCCCUAUCCGCCAACCGACUUCCAUCCUGCCAUUCCACAGAAACCUCCCAGCUACGCAGAUGUGGUAGAAAACUACGCCUAA